AUGGGGCCUCCAUCGCGGUCUCAGGGAGAGUCCAGGGCCAGGGAUGGCCGGGAGGGAGAGGCCGGUUUCUCCGGCCGACUGCCCAAGGAUGAGGUCCAGUACUACGAGGAGAUCGACAAGCAGCUCUCCAAACUGGAGGAUGGGGAGGAGCAGAGGCUGCUGGCUGACAACGCCUUCGAGCAGGCCGGCACUCAGCUGAUAGAGGCGACGGGGGAUGGCGUAGUGAGCAGAGUGCUUGAGAAGCUCAUGCCCCACGCCAGCACCCAGGCCCUCAUCGACAUGCUGACGGCCCUUACAUCAGGAGAGAACCUCGCUGCCGUCUGCACUGGGGCACCCUUCCCCUCCCACGUGGCCGAGAAAAUCCUGAUCCUGCUACAGAGCCGGGCUCGCGCCGGGGAAGCCCCAGAACAGAUCGAGCAGGCCCUGUACAGCACGACGGAGUCAGUGUGCGGCGACCUGCAGGCGGUCAUCACGACGCGGCACGGCUCCUUCCUUUCCCGCCGCCUCCUCAGCGUGCUCGUGGGGCGGGACGUGACCUCCGGCCCCUCAGCCAAGGCAGCGCCAGGUCCCUCAGUAGCCGGGGGGGGGUCAGACGCGGCGGCGCCAGAGGUCGAGGAGGAGAAGGGUGAGGAGGCGGCGCCCAAGCGGCGCAAGACGGUCGGGGGCCUGGCGAGCAAGCUGGAGAGGGGGAGCGACACCUCGGCCGCGGCCUCGGCGGGGGAGGUCGAUCACCCAGAGGCGCUGCAGGGCCUGCUGGCCUCCCUGCUCACCGACGACUUUGCCGUGGAGGCGGCCGCCCUGUGCCGCAACACUUUUGCCGCACCUUUUCUCCAGUCCCUGCUCUGGGCCUGCAAGGACAACGAGUGCGUCUGCUUGGGGGAAGCCACCACGCAGUUAGUCAGCUGUCUGCUGGGCGGCACGAUGCUCAACGUGACCCCAGACCAGCUGCAGCAGAUGAUGCAGGACAAGGUGGCCAGCCACGUGAUUGAGGUGGUGCCGGAUGAGGCCUUCCAGAAGCUGAGCACCACCGGCUUCAAGGGCGCCAUGGUGCACCUGGCCAGCCACGCGUUUGCCAACUUCUCCGUCCAGGCCGCACUGUCCUCUGUCCGCCGCCCCGCCCAGCUCAAGCGCAUGUUCCAGGACCUGCGCCCGCACCUGGCACAGCUCCUGCGCGCGCGCCGCGGCGGCGUGGUGGCCGCCCUCCUCGCCGGCGCCCGGCGGCUGGGCACGCUGGAGGCCGACGCAGCCGCCGCGACCUGGGCCGCCGCCGGCGCACUGGGCGGCGAACACGCCGGGCCCGUCCCGGCCUUGCUCUCGCUGGACAGGCCCGUCCCCCUGGCGCGGCUGGGCCCCUCCGCAGGCACGCGCGGCAAGUCGGGGCUGUCGCCGCUGGGCACGGCGCUGCUGAUCCAGCUGCUGCAGCUGCCUGUGGAGGCCAGCGGCCAGUGGGCCGACGCGCUUGCGGCACUGCCGCCAGCGCAGCUGAGGCUUGUCGCGGGGGACGCGGGGGGGUGUCGCGUGGUGGAGACCUACCUCCGCGCUGUGCAGAAGUCGGGCAAGAAGGUGAAGGCCAUGCUGGCGGCGCUGAGGGGGGGGUGGGCCUUCGCCGCCCAGGGGGGGUCGGGCGCCAAGUUUGUCCAGACCUGUUUCGACCUGGCGGACAUGGACGAGAAGCUGGCCAUUGCCGAGGAGCUGCUCAAAGGGAGGCAGGCCCUGGUGUCCACGCAUCAUGGACCUCGGCUGCUUGCAUCGUGCCACGUGGACACCCUGCGCAGAGGGAGGGAGGCAUGGAUGCAAAGGGUUGCCACCGCCAGCGUGGCACGGCAGCAGUUUGCAGACAUAUUUGCAUGA